AUGUCCAGGCCUCUACAUAGAGGUGUGUCUGGAACUCGUGUACCUGACAGCAUCAAUGAUUUGUCAUGGGACUCACAAUCCAAAGAUAAAACAGAAAAAGACGAUUUUGAGAAAAGGGGUUCUUCAGAUCACACUCCUUUAGGAUUGAGGUCUCCUCUGAGUUUAGUUUUUAUAGCUGUUGUUGCUCUUGUUGGAUCUUUCUGGUGGACUUUGAAUUUGUCAUCUUCGUCAAGAGGUCGUGUUUAUCAUGGUUAUAGGAGGCUCCAAGAGAAACUUGUUUCUGAUUUGGUGGAUAUUGGUGAGAUUUCUAGGGGCGCUUCAAGGUGGAAAGAAUUGGAAACUUGUUCUUCUGAGUUGGAAAACUUUGUUCCUUGUUUUAAUGUUUCUGAUGGGAAUGAGUUUGAAAGGAAAUGUGAAUAUGAGCAGAGGCUAAAUUGUUUGGUUCUGCCACCGGUUAAUUACAAAGUUCCUCUUAGAUGGCCUACUGGAAAAGAUGUUAUUUGGGUUGCUAAUGUAAAAAUCACUGCCCAAGAGGUUCUUUCUUCCGGAAGUUUGACAAAAAGGAUGAUGAUGUUGGAUGAAGAACAAAUUUCAUUUCGUUCAGCCUCUCAUAUGUUUGAUGGAGUUGAAGACUACUCACAUCAGAUUGCUGAAAUGAUUGGACUUAGAAAUGAAUCUUCCUUCAGACAAGCUGGGAUUCGAACGAUACUAGACAUAGGUUGUGGCUAUGGUAGCUUUGGAGCACACCUCUUUGACAGUCAACUUUUGACUUUGUGCAUUGCAAAUUAUGAGCCUUCUGGUAGUCAAGUUCAGCUUACUCUCGAGCGGGGUCUUCCUGCUAUGAUUGCUUCUUUCACUUCAAAACAAUUGCCUUAUCCGUCUCUGUCCUUCGAUAUGUUACAUUGUGCAAGAUGUGGCAUUGAUUGGGACCAGAAAGAUGGCAAUCUCUUGAUUGAAGUAGAUAGACUUUUAAGACCAGGUGGAUACUUUGUCUGGACAUCACCACUUACCAAUGCUCGUAACAAGGAGAAUCAGAAAAGGUGGAAGUUUGUGCACGACUUUACAGAAAAUCUCUGCUGGGAAAUGUUAUCGCAGCAAGAUGAAACUGUUGUAUGGAAGAAAGCAAGUAAAAAGAGUUGCUAUACUAAAAGAAAGCCUGGUUCUCGCCCUUUGUGUGGUAGAGGUCUUGAUGUGGAGUCUCCAUAUUAUCGCGAACUGCAAAACUGCAUAGGAGGAACGCAGAGCAGCCGUUGGGUUUCGAUUGAAAAAAGGGAAAAAUGGCCUUCUCAGGCAAAUUUGAACAAGAACGGGCUAGCUAUACAUGGAUUGCUGCCUGAUGAAUUUGCUGAGGAUUCAGACAGCUGGAAAUCAGCUGUUCAAAAUUAUUGGUCACUCCUCUCGCCUCUAAUAUUUUCUGAUCAUCCAAAGAGGCCAGGUGACGAGGACCCUUCACCACCUUACAACAUGUUCAGAAAUAUUCUAGACAUGAAUGCUAAUUUCGGUGGCUUUAACUAUGCAUUAUUGCAAGCAAGAAAGUCUGUGUGGGUAAUGAAUGCUGUCCCAAUAAGUGGACUCAACUAUCUUCCCUUGAUCCAGGACCGAGGUUUUGUUGGCGUUUUGCAUGAUUGGUGUGAUGCUUUUCCGACAUACCCAAGAACCUAUGACUUGGUUCAUGCAGCAGGGCUUCUAUCCCUUGAAUUUUCCCAUCCGCGCAAGUGCACUAUGCUCGACUUGUUCAUUGAAAUUGACAGGUUACUUCGCCCUGAGGGUUGGUUUAUAAUUCGUGACACAGUUCCCUUGGUAGAAUCAGCUAGAGCUUUAACAACACAGCUGAAAUGGGAAGCAAGAGUUAUAGAAAUCGAAAGUAACAGCGAGGAGAAACUUCUGAUAUGCCAGAAACCGUUUUUUAAGAAACAUGCAAGCUAA